CACAAUGAAGCUCUGUGUGAUUCUUGUCAUUGCAAUGAUUCUGCCAGUGAACGCUGAGUUUGUGUACAAGUUCACUCGUCUGAUCACAUGCAGUGACUCUGUAAAUGAAUCUCAAUAAUUAUUUACUCUGGAUGGGAAUGAAAUAAUCUUUGCAGAUUACACCACCAUGCAGCAAAUCAGCCGACUUCCUCCGUUUGCAGACCCAGUUGAUUUUCCACAAUUGAAUGAGUUCACCAUUAUUGAAAGAUAUGACUGUCUUCAGGACAUGAAUUAUGCGAUAGCAGUGAUUGGCAGUUCACCUGAGUACAGCGAGCCUCCAGAGGUCAGCAUCUACCCAAAACACAAUGUGGUGCCUGGAGUAGAAAAUAACUUCAUCUGCUUUAUGAAGAAUUUCUAUCCUCCACACAUCAAAGUUAACUGGAUGAGGAACGGUGAGUCAGUGACAGAGGGAGUGUACAACAGCCAGCUUUCAAUGAACACAGACGGAACCUUCAAUUCAUUCUCCAUCCUGACGAGUUCUCCGACUGAAGGAGAUGAAUACAGCUGCACGGUGGAGCAUGAAGCUCUGGACUCACCUCAGACCAGAACAUGGGAUGAACCAGUGUUAAUUCAGUGUGUAACUCCAGUGGUGGUGUUUGCAGUGGGAAUUGCUGUUGGAAUACUGGGAUUAGCUAUAGGAAUGUUCUUCGUCAUUAAAGCAUCAUGUUCCUGUUAAGUGACUGUUAUGACCCUGAAGAUUAGUUUCCUUAACAGCAUGUCCCCUUGUGAUUUAUUCCUCUAACAGCUACCACAGCAAUGAUUACAAUUUUGAACCAAGUGA